CACGAUGAGAGCGGAGAGAUAAUCGUGCAGAGAGCCGCCCUCCCAUCUCUGUCAUUUGUACCACUGGAAUCAGCAUCUUGUUCCAGACUCCCAAACUCAUCAUGCUCCUGCUUCCCAGAUAACGCCUCUGAGGACCAGGCCUGUACAGCACCUCUCGUCUGCACCAUGGCAGGAGAGACACAGCGCACGUAUGCUGUCAAAAAGUUGGAUGCUGAGUCCAAACUGAAGGAUGAAUGCACUGCACUGGAGCAGUACGGCAGCAGUGAGAAAGCCACAAAAGAGUCUUCAGAGCACUUCUCAGGUGCAGGUGUGGAGGCUCGGACAAUCCGCAGAGGAGCCAAGUUUGUAGACAAGGACAGGGACUAUACUCAGCAGCGCGAGGCUGUGAUCCGACCUCAGCAGGCGGGGAAAAUAGACUUCAAGUCACUGCAGAACCGUCCUAAGUUCUCCAGCAACAGGACAUGGCCCAGUGGUAAAGGCAGCCCCCAGUCCCCCAGUGGGAAGUGCCGGAGCAGAGACAAGGGCAAGAGGUCGGGGAAGUCGGAGCGCGGUAACCCACAGCAGCUGUACAGACUCAGCAUCACCAAUCCACGUUCCAACCCUACUAUCGGCAUUGCCUACCCACAGCAGAAGGUCUCGCCACCCAAGAAGAUGGAGGCCAGCCGAAGCCCAGUUACGGGCAGCUACAGGUUCCACGUGCCCAGUAUACCAGAGCGAGAGGCCGAGCUGCAGCAGGAGGAACUCAACUACAGCCGCUGCUUCCAGGAGACCUCUUCCAACCUCACCUCCCCAAGCUAUACCUCACAGCUACUGGGAACCACAGGUGGGACAUCCACCCACCAACUCCCACCCCAGCAGCAGCAACCAGGCCCAAUUGUGAACAAUAAUAACUCACAGCCAAGCAGCCAGCUGCUCUUCCCAGACUUUCAGUUGAGUGGCUCCAAUGACUGGCAGUCUCAAGAGAGGACUUUUAACGGUGCUAACUAUGGCAUUUCCUCACAAAAAUCCACUGUUCUCAAGGAGGCGAACAAGGCGAAUGGUAGCUCUGUGUCUUUUCUGUUUCAGUACGGAUACAAGUUGUCGGAGGACUCAAACCCAGACCCUUUUGCCUUUGAUCAGAACCCCCAAUCCCAGGACUAUAUAGACUCCUCCUCUUUGGCUUCUUCCCAGGUGACUCAUAACUCUUUUUCCUUUCAGCCAUCUGGAGAUGGAAAGGAGGGGGUUCAGAAUAACACUCAAUUCAAUAGUGACCAGCCAGAGGACAGAUCUUCCUACCCCCAUCCUCCACAGCUACCACAGUACCUACAAGCUCGACAAGGGGCGGCAUCCUCUAUGGACUGCCCCAGGGGCCUGAGUGAGGACUCGGCUAGUAGUGAGAGCUCUGGCUUCAGCUCCCAGCAGUCGGAGAAGGGUAAGAGUGCCCUGCCAGAGAGCAUGGACGCGUUCGGCCAUAGGGAUGCUGCCCUCGCUUCAGGGAGCAAGAGGAGCUGCCCCUCCAAAGACUUUGCUGCUGACAGCCAGAGAACACUUAUUAAAGGCAGUGUACACCAUGCCAAAAAUAUUGCACAAGGUCCAAGCUCCCAAAUGCACUUUCCAAACAAAGCCUACAACAGCAGCCCUCCACUCAAUAGUAUCCACAUGGGUUCAAUGCCUUUUGACAAAAUAAUCAACACCAAGGCCCAUAGUAGCUUACCACACUCAUGGGACGGACUGAAUAAGAACUUUUCACCAGCUGAUCAAAACAAUAUGCCUUAUCCUAAUAUGAAUGAUACGUUUCAGUUUCAGAACCAGCCAGAUCAAAGGCCAAACACAUCCAAAAGCGGUAGGAUGCCAUGGCAACAGAUAGGCCUCACUUCUGCCAUGCCAAACCAAAACAGGAUUGAGUUGUCUAGGCAACUAAGCAACCAAAAGCUCACUUAUUUGGUAGCACCCUCUGACUGGCAGGAUGACACUAAAUCACAUAAGAAUGGCUCACUGAAAAGUCCCAGCUCUUUCCUAAACAAUAGACCUAGUAAAGGAUUCUCAAACCCAAGGCAAGAGAGUGUCAAACAGGGCUGCAGUACAAUACCACAUUUUAAAGUUGAGACAAGUCAGGCAAAGGUCUGUGAGUCCAAGAAUAAGCCCAUAUAUUUUGGAAUGAAUCAAUCAGUACCUGGGGCAUCAUCAAGAACACAUGGAUAUCCACCAUUACAGGUCCCACCAAUGGAGCUUAUAAUGGUGUCACCAUAUGAAUCUCCCUCGCCCUCCCCAGUCCAUAACCCAGCCUCUAGCAGCACAUGUUCUUCACUCUCCCCAGCCUCAACAAGCCCUGUCAACCUCUCUGAGGACAGCCAGAUAUCAAAGACUGGGCAUCCCCCUCCAUUCUAUCCCCAGCACCAAGUAAAGGCACAAGGACCUACAGAUAACCUCAGCACUAACGCUCAUCAUUUCCACUCAGACGCCUCCCGUAACCUGCCUUACACCCCAGAGAGGGCAAAAGAUGACAUGAUGAGCUACCUGCACGACAAUGUACAUCCAAAGCCUAGUAUGGAUGGCAACAAGGGCUAUAUGGAGGGCUUUGGGUUGGAGCAUCACCCACCUCCACCACCAUACUCUGCACAUCAACUGUUAGCUACGUCUUUAGCCACGGCAAACCUUGACCAACUGGAUGUGCUUCUCACGUGCAAGCAGUGUGAUCAGAACUUUACUAACCUGGCCGCAUUCCUUGGCCAUAAGCAAUACUGUGGACAGCAUGCAUUUGCACAAAAGGUGGAUGACACCAGAAGAACACCAGGAAGUUCAACACAGUUUCACAAUGACAUGAUAAAAGCUUCAUCCUCUGGGACCAGUUUAUGUCAAAGUGUCUCCAUGGCAAGGUGUCCAUCUGACCUUCACCUGUCUCUGCUGGGGCUCAAUAAGAACGGAGAACUCAUGUCUGACAGCGAAAUAAAAGGGGAUUCUAAGGACGACCCCAUGAAACUCAACCUGUUCUCUGGGGAAGGUAACCUUCCUGUCUCACUUCCUGACUUGGAGAUAGAGGAUGCAAAGUUAGAUAGCCUAAUCACUGAGGCUCUAAAUGGACUGGGGUAUCAGUCAGACAAUGCAGAGAUUGACAGCAGCUUCAUUGAUGCAUUCGCAGAUGAUGACCUAAGCACUGUCAAAGUAUCGUCGAACAGGCAGACUCUAAAAACCAAAGACUCAAUGGUCUUUGAGAGCAAAAGCAAACAAUCUACUGAAGAUGACAGGUCUCUGACACAAGGAAAAUAUAUUUAUGACUCAGACAUUGAGAGCUUUGAGACAGACAGCAAGCACACAGAAAACAACCUUGAGAAGACUUCUCUGAAUUUUGAGCAGGAAGAGAAAAUUAACAUAAAAAAAGAAGUGUCUCAUAAAAAUUCAAGGAUCACCUCAGGGGAGAAACCGAGGGAGCAAGAAAAUAAAGUGAAAGAUAUAAGAAAACACUCCAAAAGUGAAGAGGAAAACAUUAACACUCCAAGGUUCCUCUUAUCCAGCAAAUUUUCAGAACGUUGUGGAGUUCGAAAUCUCCAGAAUAGCUCUUUGUUGAGAGGCUCAACCUCUUCCCAAGUCUCCUCUGCAAACAGGAGUUCCCCAACCCAGAAGACUGCAGCAAGGGAGAGUAAAAGGAAAAGGACCGGUGCCGGUACCUGGAGCAAAGAACUCAUCCACAAAAUAGUUCAACAGAAAAACAAGUUAAACAAGCUCCAUGUAAAAGGCACCAAAAACCUCCAGUUCUCGCUGGUGAUGGAGAGACUUACACCCACGGUGCCAAACCCAAUGUUUGGGGAGUAUGACUAUGUCUCAGACUCAGAUGACGAGUGUGAGCCUGUGAAGAUAGCAAGCCAAGGUCGCCUGAGCCAAAGUGGCCGCUGCAAAUACACCUACACAAAGGAGUGCAAAUGGCGGGCUAGGAGCGACAGGGACAGUGCAGCAUGGAGGCACGAGUCAAAAGAGUGCUUUCAGGUGAAGAAAACUGAAGAAGUCUCCCUAUCUCCAGAGAAACCUGGCUCUAACCAGAUACUUGGGAGGAGAGGCAGCAGGUCAUCCACAAGCAGUGAAGUCAGCACGUCUGUGAGUUUCUCCAGCGAUAGCAUCAAUAGCCCCAAAAGCACUGACCACACAGACUCAGACUGGGAGAAAAGAGUGGAGAUCAGGAGGAAAGACUCUUCCGAGCAGAGAACCUAUGAGCGAUCUCCACAAAAGAUAUGCAAAGAGACUAGCACACAACUAGCACUGACAUUCACCAAAUCUACUAAGAGGUAUAGCGCUGAUAAGACUCUCCACUCUACUAACAAAGACAAUUCAGUGGCCUCAAGGAUCACUAACUCACAUACUGAAGAUGUUUAUCCAAUAUCAGCACUACCAAAGGUGAGGAGUGCAGUCAAAAACCUUGAGAAAUGCAGAAGCACAGAUGUGCCCUCAAGGGAGAAAGAUGUCUCAUUUAGUAGAGAAACUGACACAAUAGCAAGUUCUGACAAAAACACACCACUAAGGACAGCCAACAAGACCUCCAAAGGGGAAUCAAUACAUUUUCAAUCUACUAGUUCUGAUCUCCAAUCACACCAGCUUCAAUCAUCACAUCCUGCCACAGACAACAAGGAAGGACAUUCUUAUAAUAAAUUCAGAAAGAAUGAAACAACCUCAAACGAAAAAUCAGUACACAAAAGAAUAGCAGAGCAAUCUACACAGCCACAUUCAAAGAUAUCCGACAUUUCUACGUUUGAUGAACACAAGGAGAGUGUCCAUUCCAUUAAAAACCCAUUGACUUUCAACAAUGAGGUAGUCCCCAAGUCCACACCUCUUUUCAGUGUGCUGAAAGUGUGCCUGUCUCCAACUGAAUUUCACCAGCCAUUGACGCAGAAAGAGACAUCCCAUCUCAUCCCAUACCCCAUAGAGCAAGACCAGAGUCUUAUGAAGUCUCCUCUCUCAUUUGACACAUCGUCAAUGUUUGGGGACCUCUCGGAGACAGGAUAUGACAAUUGCCUCUACACUGACCUUCCAUUACACAAAGAAGGUUUCAACUCCUUAGAUACCACCAAUGACAAAAAGGAGGUGUUUAGCUCAUCAUCCUUACUUUCUCCUUUCUUGGAACAGAGGGACUGGGGCCUAAUGGUUGAUUUCACCAUGUCACCAGAUGAGAUAUCCCAAUACAAAGACAACUCUGAUAAAUCAAAUGAAAAGAAAUCAGAUUAUAAUCAUGUUCCUUUGUCUCUGCCAGACAAAAUAAUGGACUACAGGGCGAAUCUCAACAGUUAUGUGUCAGAAGAUCUAGAGAUAAAGAGGAUUGUGACAGAGUUGGAAAAUCAGCUCCAGACAGCCAAGCUGAGUAGUCCGCCACUGCUUACUGAGUCUCCAAAGCAGCUGAAGAUGAGAAAAUUCUGCCCUCUGCGACUGGACCACAAAUCUGAGAAUGAAGACACUGGUCUGGAUAUGGGCUGCCCUGUGCAAAGCAUGUCAAGUAUGCCAUCUGACCCACAUUCAGAUGUCUUUGCUGAGCCUGGUCUACCAUGGUCCAGUCCAUUUGAGUUUGAGUUGAUGGAGGGUCAUCAUACUCCAACCCAUGCUGUACCCAGUAUCCUUGAACAGUUUAGCGAGAUGGAUGACUGUGAACACAGUAUGAUAACCACAACCUCAAGUGCAGAGAAAGAGCAACUGCAACAGGACGACCACAAAGAUGAAGGCAUGGGUGUUGACAAGAGAACUGCCAUAGAGAAAUCUGAAGAGAUUCUAGAGAGUAAGACCUAUGCAGAAAACCUGACAAAAAGCCUGGAGGUGAUAUCAGAUUCCAUUUUCAAAAAUGAUCCCAUCACACCUGAAGUGGAGGAGCCAAACCUCACCUCACCUAAGAGCCCAGAACACUUACUCAAUGAAAGCCAAGCUCCAUCUGCUGAUACUGCUGAGAGUAGAGAUCAUAAUGAAAAGGUUAUUGCUGAUGAGGCGAACGUUGAAUCAACACACUUCGAAUUACAGCCUCCUCUCUCUGAAAACACAGAGCUUCCACCUGCUGUAAAAGAGAUUGUUUCUCUGCAGCCAAGUGAGUCUAUACCUUACAAUGACAGUGGGUCAGAAUUCAAAGACAUGCCAAUCAGGAACAAAGUCACUGAAGACAGCUGUGUUAUAGAAACUGAUUACUGCUCAAACACUGAAAUGGAUAAUCCACCAAUGAUUAAGGAGACCUGUGAGAACCAUAAGCUAGAGGACUGUGGGGAUGAAAUCAUUGAAGCCAAAAGGGCCCUCCUUGAGCAUACAGAACUUCCACAUACUACCAUUGAUGAGCAUCGAGAACAUCCACAUACUACCAUUGAUGAGCCUCCAGAGCUUCCACAUACUACCAUUGAUGAGCCUCCAGAGCUUCCACAUACUACCAUUGAUGAGCCUCCAGAGCUUCCACAUACUACCAUUGAUGAGCAUCGAGAGCAUCCACACACUACCAUUGAUGAGCCUCCAGAGCUUCCACAUACUACCAUUGAUGAGCAUACAGAGAUUCUAGAUACUUUCAUUGAUGAGCAUAGAGGGUUUGUGGAUACUUCCAUUGAUGAGCAUAUAGAGCUUCUAGAUACUUCCACUAAUGAGCAUAGAGGGCUUCUAAAUAAUUCCAUUGAUGAGCAUACAGAGCUUCUAGACACUACCAUUGAUGAGCAUCAGGAGCCAAAAGAGCUAGUGGAGGACAUCAGUUGUAAUACUAAGUAUGUGAGCCAGCCCUCCAAAGGUUCCAACCUAGCAGAGCAGGAAAUGGAUGAUAACGUGGAUAAUAUGCUUGAAGAGGUAGAAAAGGCAUCUGAGGAACAAUCCAUAGAUGUCCAAAGUCACUCUGAGAGUGUAUGUCUUUCACCAUCUGCAAAUGAACAGACGGAGGACAAUACAGCAUGUGUAACAGAGGAAGACAACAUUGAAUCUGACAGUACAAUACAGGAUGAGGUGAUAAGCUGUACAGUUCAUUUGAGGUGUAGCGCCCCUGAGAAUGACAUUGCCAAUCAAUCAACCCAUGUCUUCUUGGAGACUGUCACAGAUAAGCCUUGCAGUUCACUGUUGACGGAAACCAAUACAGAGUAUGGUAACCACGGCUCAACCUUUUCCAACAUUGAGUCAGAUGAUGAAAGCACCAUGUUGGUCAUUGCUGAGCAUGACAGUGACCUUGACAGUGAUGCACACAUGGAACAUACACUUGAGGAAAAAGCAGAAACAGAAAAGGAACCUGAAUGUGAGGCCAACCACAGACAAAUAGAAGAGAUUCCGGAUGUUGAAGACAUUCAGGAACAAGUUCCUUUACAUCUCAUGGCAUUUUCCCAGCACUCACCACGCAAAGAGGAUUUGCAGAUGGAUGAAAGGCUGGAUAAUAUUCCAGAUGAUGCUCCUCCAUCCAGUCCUGUUCUACCAGCUUCUCCACACACACCUGUGGUGAACCCUGACACACAAGAACAAGAACAAUCCCAGCCAAUCACAUGCAAUAAUAUGGAUACUAUCCCAGCCUCAAUCCAUGACACACAAUCUCUUAAGGAAGAAAACUGUGAUGAACUAAAUGCCAAAGAAGCACUGCGUAUUGAUAACCCAUUGACCAUAACAGCUAAGAUGGAGUACUCUUUAGUAAGUCCUCCUCAACUGGACUUGGGAAUCACAGAGUGUAAAAUCUCUAGCACUGAAGCCUGCAUUCCCUCUCCUCUACCCUUGACCAUUGCAACAGAGCCAUCUGAAGCAAUGGAGGCCCUUAUGAAGAGAGUCUCUGUUUCACUGUAUGAUUUCAAACUAAGCCCACUGAACUACAAUUACAUUCCAGAUGAGCCUCCACAACUGAAUCAGUUUGAUUACACUCCUAUCUCCCCAGCCAACGUGGAUGAGGAUGAGCCAGCCAUCAAGCAGAGGCCCAAGGAUGACUGUGAACCUUGUGAUCUAAGUGAUGAUACAGCAUUGAUGUCAGACAAAACAAUGUGUGACAUUGAUCUAAGCGAUGACACAGCAUUGACGUCAGACAAAAGAAUGUGUGACAUAUACACAGAGUCACCUUUGAGUCCACACUAUACAGCCAAGCUAAGUCCACCAGAUGAAUCUUUGAACAAGAGCAGCAUCCAAAAUGACAUAACAUUUCCAUUCAUUUUAUUGGUUCUCCCUUCUCAGAGCACUGCUCAGUCCAUUGGCGAUAUACAGGAGGAUUUGGACAUUUGCCCGGUUCCCCUUCAAACUAUUGACUAUUUGGACUUACAUGUUGACUUGGUAAAAAGAGUGGAUCGAGAGGUGCUGCCAGAAGUCCUAGAUAUCAAUAAGGUCCAUAGUGAGCAGAACACCCAUCCUUUGAUGAAGGAGAUCUCAGAUGAUCAGCUCACUCCCAAACCACUGAUCAUCUCUGAGAAUGAGCCAACCCCAUUACCAUCAGACCAAAUAGAAUCUCUAACAGUGGAUGAAGGUCAGUGCUCAGCAACCCACAAGCAAGAGGAAGAAACCACGCAGAAAAAGACACAUCUGUGUGAGAUAUGCGCCCUGUUUUUCCGGACGGUGCCAGGAUUAAAGAGACACAAGGCCAUGAAACAUUUGAUCAGGACUGAAAGAAGCCCACAUUUGGAAAAUGCAAAUCAUCAAGGGAGUCUACACAGUUACCAAACAUCCAACUCUAUAGAAACAGAACAUAAAGAUGAUCUAAAGCUCCUCGUUCCACAGACCUGUUUGCAAACAGAAAGCAAUGAUGUCUCUGACAAUCACUGCCCUGAGACAAGUAAUAGUAACUUCAUAACCAAACAAGGAGAAACAGAUGUAAUCCUGGAGGACACCACAGGUGAAACAAAUAUGGCAAAGUCAGUUGAUGACAUAGUUCAGCAAAUGCCUCCUCAAUUCACAAAAGCCAAGAAAAGCUACAAACCACAGAAGAACAAAAACAAUGAGGUGAACGAGAAAACAGACUUAUUACAGACAAUUACUCCUGAAUUCCAAACCCGGCGAAAGCCAGGAUACUGCAAGUUACCUGAGAAACAAGACAUAAUCAAUUCUAGUGUUAAACACAAAGUUACAGAGCAACAGGAUGUCCCAUUUGCUGUAACAAGUAACAGUGGCAUUGAACAGAUACCCAUGUCUCCAAUAAAGGUUACAAAUACACUCACCCAAGAUAUGGACUUGAUUCAAAGCAACACUGAUACAGAGGGGAAAGGCACACAUUUGUCAGAGAUUGUCAAUGGCCUAGCAGAUGUGAGUAUGGAUGUUGGAAGCGAUUAUGGAGUAUCUGUAAGUGAGGAUGUUAGUAGGGAGUAUGAUACAUCUAGAGAGAAUUCGUAUGACACAAAAGAGGCAUGUGAGCAACAGACUUCAGACCAGAGUCUUUCCACAGAGAUACUGGGAGAGGUUGCAGUAAAGAUUGAAUGUGAGAAAAACAGUGGCUCAACAGAUGAAGUGGAGAAUCUUACCUGUUUUAAAUCUUCUCCUGCAAGCCCUCCUGGACUAAUCCCUAAUUUGAAUGCUUUCCUUGAUGACGAAAGCACAUUCUCACAGUUAUUCCCCUCUAGAAACGUGGAACUGAAAAGGAAAAAGUGUGCAAAGGUUUAUGGCAAGAAGAACAAGAAGCAGAAACUAUCACCCGAUUCAUCAUUAGUUCAAGACCAUCCUCCUCCUGACCUGUAUCUGGAAAAGAAAGAUGACUAUAGAGAAAAUCAUUUGGACCGAACGUUUGUCAACAAUCAAAAUGAACCUUGUAAAUAUGAAACGAUAUCCAUUGAUGAUGCUAUCAUGUUGAACAUGUGUCAUAAUAGCACUUUAAAGUGUGAUUCCAAGGAAGUAUGUAGCAUGAAACGAGACACAACAGAUCACAAAGACAUUCAUGAGAAUACUGUGAAGCAUGGCAGUGCCUUCCUAUGCCCACCUGAGAGCACUAUCGACAAAGCAUCAUUGGCAUGGAGUGCCUCCAACGACCUUGUUACAGAUGCUGUGAUCUCCUCUGACCCAACUUCCUGUAAAGCAGAAGUCCCAACCCCACAACAUCCUCUUCCUAUCAUAGCCCCUUCUGCACCUUAUCCCGAAGAGCCAUGUGCUACAGACAACGUGUCUCCUUUCCACAGCAUUGACAUCCCAAACCUCAAUACCACAUUCCAGCUACCCGAAAUUCAAUUAUUUGACUCGAACAAGGACAUCCCAUUAGCUGGACCCAUUGGCACUGAUGAUGCACAGACCAGAGACACUGCAAAGCCCAAAAAGCUCACAGAGCGCAGAGGAAGAAAACGACAAGAGGGCGGCUUAAAGAUCAAGGAAAAACAUUACAAGUGCAAGGUGUGCUUCACCUGGUUCCUAACCCUGGGGGAGCUCAACUUCCACAAGCUAUCCCACAACCCCUCUCCACCACCCACCUGCUACAUGUGCGUCCAGCGCAAGUUCAGCUCCCGGGAGCAGCUGAGGGACCACCUGAGGGAGAAACACGCCAAGAACAAGGCUGGCAUCUGGACCUGUGGUAUGUGCCUGAAGGAGAUAUCCGACGUGUGGAUGUACAAUGAGCACUUACGGGAACAUGCCACGCAGUUUGCCCGCAAGGGCCAGUCACACAGCGCUAUCCUGGGGAGUCUGCCAGGCUCUGGCAUGCAGGAGUCAGCCGUGAAGAACUUUAUCACUUCCAUCAUGCAACGCCGCCCUAGCAAGGCCAGCAGAGAGUCCAAUAAGGUCUCCAACAAGGAGAAACCAUCCAUAGUAGAAACCACCGGGCAGGAGGUGAAAACUACAGAGGUAGCUCAGCCCAAAGUUGUCAAGCCUAAAGGGAACAUUGAAAAAGUGGGGAAAUCUAGCAUGCUGUUGCCAGUUGAGGUUCUGCACAAAACAGAGAUGGUGCCAAAGAAUGUGGAGAUGCACCCCAACUGUAAAGACCCCUCGAGAGACUGUCACCACUGUGGCAAGCAGUUCCCCAAACCCUUCAAGCUUCAGAGACAUCUAGUUGUGCACAACUUAAAUAAAAUUUUCCUGUGCCACAAAUGCCCAGUGACCUAUCAAGAGCCACAGGAACUAAAAGAGCAUCUGAAAAGUGAGCAUGAAGAGAUGGAUGCGCUUGACUCAAAGCAUACAACCCUCUACACCUGUGAGCUGUGUGCAGACGUCAUGCAUGUGAUCAAGAAAUCUUUCAUCUGCAGCACCUGCAACUACACCUUCUCUAAGAAAGAGCAGUUUGACCGACACAUGGAAAAGCACUUGUCAGGAGGGAAUAAGAUCUUUAAGUUCAGAGGAGUUCUCAGACCUAUCAAAACAUCUGCCUCCAAAGAGAACGAUGAAUGUGAAUUGCCAGCAAGCAAAAAGAGAAAGAUUCUCACUGACAGUCUACAAGAGAACAGCUCUGACAGUGGCAUCGCCAGCAUAGCCUCACUGCACUUAAAUCGGAGUGCUGAGAUGCCAGUUCUGAAACCCUCUGUACACACACAGACCAGUGCAGGUGAAUAUCAUACUGAAAAUGAUGCCAGUGUGAAGACUGAGGAAAUGGCUGAGGAAUACACUGACAUGCUGGUAGAGCUGGAGCCUUGUACGUUUCACCUGGGCUCGGAAGGUCUCUCCACUGCUACACCCAAAACAGAGGACAUUGUUCCCAGUCCUUCGUCAAAGCUGCCUGUUAGAGACAUUGGUGAGGCGGAUGGCAAAUCAUUCACAGAUCCAUGUGAUGUGAAGGAAGAGGACAAUCCAUUUGAGAGCAUUACACCUGAAGAGAAGAGGGAUUGUUUCGCAGAUGAUAAUCAGAGCACUCCGGAGAGCAGCACACAGACUAGCACUGCAGAAGCUGAAGGGAAGAAGAUACAGAGGAGAGAUGCAACAGCAUCGGAUGAGGAGUUGCAUGUUAGCUCAAAGACACCCUAUUCACAUGACCUCCACCAUCCUCCUACAAAGCAUAAGGUAUCUACCAUUGUGAUGUACCAAAUGAGGGAGGAUGAGCAAGGGCAACAGUCAACCAGCACUCACAGCCAUGACAACAAGCAAAAGGACAAAGCCUCCACACAUAAGCCCAGUGAAAGCAUUAAUAAACACCGCUCCAACAACAGCCCCAGGGCCAUGGAGUCAACACCAGUCCACCACACCAAGCUCACUUCCCAGUGCUCGGCCUCCAGCGAGGACAAAGACUCUGUGAGAAAAGAACAGAAGAAGAGAAAGGAGAUGAGGUCACCUUACAGUUUACAGAGGGUCUCCUCUCCUGCCACACGGGAGAACCUUGGUGUCGAAGUCAAGGCCAGAAAUAAAUUCCGACCUAGCAAGUGCGAGAGUCCGGCGGUUCACAGGAAAUCAGACGGCCCCAGCGACUUCCCGGUGCUCUCUUCCGUUAGAGAUGAUGUGGUCAGCGACAAAAUAGGCACAAAGCACAAAACAUCAGGGAGUUUAGGCCUUCAACCAAAGAGAAGCUUCCUCGAUAACUGCACGCCAAAGAAAGCAGAGAUGGUGCAUCAUCUUAAUGGGGAUUACAAAGCCAAAAAGGGGCCUCUUGGACGGGCUCUUCAUUCCCCAGCUUCUAAAGUGCCAGCGCCUCCUAUGAACAAUUCCUUGAAUAAGUCUAGGCCAAGGACAGGGGUGAGGUGCAUGGAGAGCCACUCCUAUAGGACAGCAGAGUCUCAGAACAACCUCCUGAGCCAGCUGUUUGGCCAAAAGCUCACAAGUUUUAAGAUUCCUUUGAGGAAGGACACUUCAGAAUCAAUAAACUGAGGGGGGUGGGGGGGACUAAAAGACUGAAAAGACAUUUCAUGACCAUGAAUGAGAUAGCAUGGAUCUCUGUGAAAUGUUUGUCUAAAUACUUAUGUUGUCACUUUAUGUCUUCUUCUCUUGUAAAUGUGUUGUUAUAACACAAACGUGAGGACUCAUGGCAGAGAUGAUUUUAUGAAUCUAGAAUGAAAAUGCUAGUAAGGCAAAUCAUUGACUAAUUCCUGCUAUUCUUAUGUUGAACAUUAUAUUUUUCAGAGAUUAUAUUUCAUUAGAAAAAUGAAAGAAAAAAAUUAUACUUGAAAAUAAAACUUUACUUUUAAUAAUAUUUCAAAAUAAUGCAUGAAAGUUUCACAAUCACAAAGUGUUCAUAGAGGAUAUUGUUUUUUUAUGCAACAGGACCAAAUUUCAUCCCAACUGAUUUAAACUGUCAGUGCACCUUUUGUGUAUGCUUCUCAAAUAAUUACUCCUUUUGUAUUAUUUUUACCUUACUGUACUGCAUUGACAUUCAUUGUAUUAGCCUUUGUAUAAACAUUAACUGGUGCUAUGUUAUUUGUUAUUGUAAUGUGAACGCCAAUGUCCUCUAUCUGAAGGGAACAUGAGAUCUGUAGCCAACUGUUUGUGCUGAUUCUCUGUAGUUUCUUUUGUUUUUAUGUAAAAUUACUGUGUAAAACCUCCUCCAAAAAAGUAUUCAUCUGUAGGUCUUUAGGAAAGGAAAUUAGGAAAGCUUCCAUCUGUAUGAACUCAGGUGUAUCCAAGGACUAUUCACAGUCCUGAGACCUGUUUUAGGAGCUCCUCCCAUGCACUGAUACUACCACACACAAAACACACACUCAGUCCUCCGUCUGUCCUCCAACUGUUUAAUUAUGAAAUUAUUUACUAGCACAAAAGAGGUGCUUUAUCUUGUUUAUAUGUAUCUUAUAUAGUAUGUUGUUGUAGGUAGAUGAUUUCCUGGUGCAAUGCUCAAUGUUAAAGUUUUAUUUUAAUAAUGUGCAACAGAAUCAAAGUGGGAGAGUAAGAGAGAAAAGAAAUGGAAAUACAAUGCCUCUUGUGUUGUAAAGUGGUUCACUCAGUGCCUCUUUUAAAGUGGUUAUUAAAAAUCUGCAUUGGUUUCUC